AUGCAUAAACAAAACGCAUUUUCCGAGCCUAAAUUACAAGAACACGGUAUGGGCAUAAUGGUGCUGGCUUUCUGCAUGCUCUUCUCAUGGAUCUUCCUUCACAGAUUGAAGCAGAGGAAUGCCAAAGGUCCCAAAACAUGGCCGUUUGUGGGUGCUGCCAUAGAACAGCUGAUGAAUUACGACAGAAUGCACGACUGGCUUGCCGAAUAUUUUGCCCAGUCGAGAACUGUGGUUGUGCCAAUGCCUUUCACAACAUAUACAUAUAUUGCAGAUCCAGCCAAUGUGGAGCAUGUCCUGAAAACAAACUUCAACAAUUACCCAAAGGGUGAAGUGUAUCAUUCAUACAUGGAAGUUCUGCUUGGAGAUGGUAUUUUCAAUGCAGAUGGUGAGCUCUGGAGGAAGCAGAGGAAGACUGCUAGUUUCGAGUUUGCGUCCAAGAACUUGAGGGAUUUCAGCACCGUGGUUUUCAGGGAGUAUAGCCUCAAACUCUCUGAAAUUCUGAGCCAAGCAUCUUACAGCAAUCAGCAAGUAGAUAUGCAGGAACUUCUAAUGAGAAUGACUCUCGACUCAAUAUGUAAGGUGGGAUUUGGUGUGGAAAUAGGAACGUUGGCUCCUAAUUUACCAGACAAUCUCUUUGCCAAGGCCUUUGAUACUGCAAACAUUAUAGUAACUCUUAGAUUCAUUGACCCUUUGUGGAGAAUCAAGAAAUUCUUUAACCUGGGAUCAGAAGUUAUCCUUGAUCAAAGUAUUAAAACUGUAGAUGAUUUUACAUACUCUGUCAUCCGAAGGAGAAAAGCAGAAAUAGACAACGCCAGAGGGUAUAAUAAAGAUGACAAGAUCAAGCAUGACAUACUGUCAAGAUUCAUUGAGCUAAGCAAAGAUCCCGAGAACAAUAUGAGUGACAAAAGCCUGAGAGAUGUUGUCCUAAACUUUGUAAUUGCCGGGCGUGAUACCACUGCUACGACACUUACGUGGGCUAUCUACAUGAUAAUAUCCCACAAAGAUGUGGCACACAAGCUUUACUCAGAACUAAAAAGUUUUGAAGAAGAUCGUGCAAAAGAGGAGAACGUCUCAUUUGAUAUGUGUCAUACAGAGGAUCAAGAAUCAUUCAAUCAGAGAGUAGCACAAUUUGCAGGACUUCUAAAUUAUGAUUCCUUAGGGAAACUGUAUUAUUUACAUGCUGUGGUUACAGAAACACUUCGUUUAUACCCAGCCGUACCUCAGGAUCCCAAAGGCAUAUUAGAAAAUGAUGUUUUACCAGAUGGAACCGAAGUAAAGGCUGGAGGCAUGGUGACAUACGUUCCAUACUCGAUGGGAAGAAUGGAGUACAAUUGGGGUCCAGAUGCAGCUUCAUUCAAGCCCGAGAGAUGGCUCAAAGACGGGAUCUUCCAAAAUGCAUCUCCAUUCAAAUUCACUGCAUUUCAGGCAGGACCGAGGAUAUGCCUUGGAAAGGAUUCAGCAUAUCUCCAGAUGAAGAUGGCACUGGCCAUUUUGUGUAGAUUCUAUAAAUUCCAAUUGGUUCCAGGACAUCCUGUGAAGUACAGGAUGAUGACAGUUCUAUCAAUGGAAGAGGGAAUGAAGCUUAUAGUCUCCAAACGUUAG